ACGGAAAAGCCACCACGGCCGCUCUGUGUCGCCAAAUAUAAGCCCGCAUUGGGUCUCGAUCGAGACACCGAACGCAACCACGCCUCCACUGGAACGGCUCAAGAGAAUAGGCACCUUGGAGGGACUCAACAACAAUGGACAACGCCACCGCAUUGAUCCUAGUAUCAAUGCCAUAAUUGAUAAGGGAUUCUUCCAGUCGGAUGGGCAAUGGACAUGUUAUAGGCGCAAUUACUUCAGUGUAAUAUGCUCCUAUAGCCUCUUCCCACCAGAGCCUGAAUCACAUAUUCAAUUGGCCCUUCCGGGCUCCCCGAAGCCGCUCCGAGUCCACGGAUUCGCAAUGACCAUUACCGCAGUUGUUGCUGGCGAUAUUGGUCAUAAUAUUGAGCUUGUUCAGCACACACCAAAGCGAGACAAAGGCCCAAUUAUGAAGCCAGUUGCUGUCAAACUCUCAGCAAAGACAUCAACACAAAGCAAGAGACAACAAUUGAUUGCCGCUGAGCACACUUUUGAGCGAGUUCAGUUCAAACAGGCAACGAUGAACAACGGCAAGCGUCGGGCCCAACAGCAAUAUCACCAACUGGUCGUUUCCCUUUUGGCGGAUGUAGGAGAACAUGAUGCCGACCGUUUUGUGAAGGUCGCCGAGAGACGCUCUGUAGGACUAGUUGUACGCGGGAGAUCUCCAGGUCAUUACCAAAAUCUCGCACGGCCCUCGGUAGGCAGUAUGGCUGGGCUCCCUGCCGCUGGUUCGGAUAUAGCUUCUGAACAAGUUUCCCAGAAUUCCGCCGCCGCUGCAGCAUCCAGCGGAAUGUUCAGGAAAAGCCAGACACAAUCAGGAACGUCUCCACAAGAUACUCAAGAGAAAUUUCCAAAGGAAUUGAAAGAGAAAAAGCAAGCGCGUGGCCAAGAUAUCACCAUUCCACCGAGUGCGCUGAAACUUGGGCUCCAAAUAAAGACCGAGGAAGAAGUAGUCGUCAAGCAAGAAAGUCCCGAUAGCUACCAGCCUGUUACGCCUCAGCUGAAGCCUUUGGAGGGACAAGAAUCCGGGGAUAUCCUGGACUGCGAAGAGUCUAGCAGCUCUGCGGGUAUGACAGAAGAAACCACUAUCUCGGAUUGGGACGAGGAGGAUGUGUACGAUACGUGGAUCGAGGACAAAAAGCAAUCAGUUAUCAACGCAGUGAUGAGAAGUCUUUGCAAGUGGCUAGACUCCAGGUUGGUCUAUGUUCGAGGUAUGACAUCGAACCAAGCAGAGACUUCGGGUUCUUCAAGCAGAAAUGCAGACUCAUGUGACCAUACUCAGCCAAGCCGUGGAAAAGGAGAUAAUCAUUCGCAUCCCCCGAAGAGAAGACGAACAGACCCGAGUGACGGUGACGAUGAAGAUGGUGAAGAGGGAGUCCGAAAAGCGAAGCUUGCACAAAGACGAAACGCGAAUGAACCACUGAGAUUUGCGUGUCCGUAUUUCAAGAGGGACCCAGGCAAGUAUUGUCGGGAAGCGACUUGCGUUGGGCCUGGAUGGAUUGAGAUUCAUAGAGUCAAAGGCCACCUGUACAGACGACAUGCGCUACCACCGCAAUGUCCUCGCUGUUGGCAAGACUUUAAGACGGAGCAACUGCGGGAUGUACAUCUCCAGACUGAUCCACCAUGUCACAAGAAAACGAACGAGACCAAUUUGGAUGGCUUCACUAAAACGCAAGAGAAGCAGCUUAAAAGCAGAAAGAAGUCGGAAAUGAAAAUGACGGAUGCUGGGAAGUGGAGGGAGAUGUACCAGAUCCUCUUUCCAGAUGAUGAUCCUGCGACAAUACCUGAUCCUUACCAUGAAGAAAUGAGCGCCAUGGUGAAUACAGGCCCAUCUGACUCCCACACGCCUGCCGCAUUUGCUACCUUUGCUCGCCGAGAGUUUCCUCGAUUCGUUCGACGAGAGCUCGAAGUUCUGUUUCAAUCUGAGUUCCAAGAUGUAGAAGAGAGAAUACGUCCAAGGGUUCAAGAUAUCGUUCUCAAUCUCCAACCUCGGCUUAUAGCCCUCUAUGAACAAUCGGCAGGGGAGGUUGGUGGAAGAACUGCUCUGACAGCUGAGAUCUCGACGCCUCUAGCAGACAAGGAUGCUCAGGGUGCUCAGGGUGCUCAGGGUCGAGAGGUGUUGUCACCCCUGGUUCCAAAUCCGCUCGCAGAUAAUAGCCCCUCGACCUCGUGGCUUCCUAACCAAAUCUCGGAGACUCCCUCAUUUGACUUUGGAAUUGAUUGGGAUCUCUUGCCAGAAGGUCUAUUCAACUAUCCACUUCAUGGUCAGUUUGUCGUACCUCAGUUGGAGAAAUUGACUCAGGACGACUUGCAAGUAGUGGGACGGAGACAACCAACUAUCGGCCAGGCUUGAUCGGGUUCUGUCACUCGUUGUUUAUUAUUAUAAAAAGUAGUCACUCCAUGAAUGAUUCUUAUCUGAUCAGCCAGCUACAUUGGCUUUCCGCAGAACCAGGUCGUUGCUGGGGGUAGAUCAACCAAUUAUCAGCACG